GAGAGAGCCAAGUUAACAUGAGUUUGACUGAGAAAGACAAGGCUGCCGUCAAGGCCCUGUGGGCCAAAAUCUCCAAGUCCUUGGAUGCGAUUGGGGCUGAUACCAUGGGCAGGAUGCUCAGCGUGUACCCGCAAACCAAGACCUACUUCUCCCACUGGCCAGACAUGAGCCCCGGUUCUGCCCCUGUGAAGGCCCACGGAAAGAAGGUGAUGAGUGGAGUUAGUCAGGCUGUUGCCAAGAUUGACGACCUGACCAACGGCCUGCUGGAGCUCAGCGAGAAGCACGCCUUCCAGAUGAGAGUGGACCCGGCCAACUUCAAGAUCCUGUCCCACUGCCUUCUCGUGGUGAUUUCCUCCAUGUUCCCUAAAGACUUUACCCCCGAGGCCCACGUCGCUCUGGAUAAAUUCCUGGCCAACGUGGCUCUGGCUCUCUCUGAGAGAUACCGCUGAGCUGCCCGCAGUGGGGAAUGCGGUGUGCCACACAUGACCAUGUAACCCAU